AACACUAUAUAUAUCGUGUAAAUCAAUUGAUAUCUUUAAAUUUAAAAUAUACUCAAUAUCCGUCCCAAAUAAAUGCAUGCUUGUUACCCAAAAAAAUCAUGCAUGUUACCGAUACAUAAAGGUAAAAAUAUCUUUCUUCAAAAUUUGAUUCCCUUUUGAUAGACAUAAAGCCGAUACAAUCGGCUUCUUCACUUUUACCCACUUACUUUAAAAUACUAGGGUUUUUUACUCCACCACACACCUCUAUCGGCUUCUUCACUUUUACCCACCGAGAGAGAGAGUUCAAAAGAUUGAAGCACAGAGAGUUCAAAAGAUUGAAGCACACUCGGACUCAUCCAUGGCAUCUUCUUCACAGGCGAAUGUCCCAUAUCUUCGUCGCGACACUAUAGACCAGACGGAGGUUGCUAUCAGCACCUACUAUAGGGAUUCACAUUUUCCGGAGCUGGUUGAAACUUUAAAUGUGGUCGGCGAACAGUGCAAUUCAGAUUUAUUGGGAAGAUUUAGAGCAUCAUGUUUUGGGCAUUUCACUGAUUGGAGGCCCGGCGCGAAGAGCAAUAAAGCAUUACACCAGAUUGUAUCGAGGCAGAUUGUGUCAGAAGAAAAUGAGAUGUGCUUCUUUCUGUGCGGAGCACGAGUCAGAUUUUCCCCUGCGGACUACGCAUUAGUGACUGGGCUCAAUUUCGGGGGAUCGAGGUUCGAUGCGACGUUACAGCACGACUGCAGUCGCGUGGAGGCAUACCAACGAUUCUGCGGUACGCGAAGCAUGACCAUACAGUCGCUCAUCAAACGCGUGUGCGAUUUGGAUCGUCGAGUGGAUGAUGAGGAUGGGAGCCUGUACCUUCGUGCUGUCCUCGUGUGUGUGGCUCACACCCUUGUUCUUGGGUUGGAUACGCGGGUACAGCCGUGGCUUUGGGUUUUGGUGGAUGAUCUGGCUACAUUUGAUAGAUUCCCCUGGGGCGCGUAUUCGUAUAAGAUGUUAUGUCAUUAUACGAGAGAGACAGGAAAGGGCGAGAAGUAUCACUUCUACGGUCCUUCGUGGGCUUUAUAUGUCUGGGCAUUGGAGCGCGUCCCGGGCCUCGGACACAUGGUCGCAGCAUCUAGCGGUGAUCCGACAGCGCACCCUCGGUGUUUGAGAUGGACUUUCAGGGGUAAGCCCCGGCUUCACGGUCUGCGCGAUCUAUUCGAGGGACAGGUAAUCAGUUAUUUAAGAUUUAGUGUUUCACCGUUACUGGUUUUACUUAUGUUCUAAUAUAUUAUCUUUGUUGCUUUCUAGGGUGGUGUCCUGCCCCUGGAGCCCGAUGAUGACGAUCUGUCGAGUCACUACUUCAUAUCAACGCUGACACCGGGCGAACUCUCGGUGAGCUUCAGGCCCCCCGACAACCCAUUAGCUCGGGGUGUCCAAUUUCCACAGCAGACCGGAGCCCGUGUUGUGGAGGAGCGCGGGGACGAGGAGAAUGUACCUAGUCAACCUCGUAUGACUCGCAGUCACAGUGUUCGGGGCCCUGUGAGGGAUGCUCGACCCCACGAGCCGGCUCGUCAUUCAGUAGAUCCGGGCAAGCGCCCAGCGCCGCAUACUUCUUCAUCGUCGAGCGGAUCUCGGUCUGUAUCCAGUCCCAGCGAGGGUGAGGUGGACCGUAAGUGGGUGAAGAAGACGAUCCGUCAGGAGAUUAAGAAGGCCUUCGGCAAAUUCGUGGAUAAACUGAAGGGCAAGGGUAAAAAGGAUAGGUGCAAGAAGAGCAAACAUUUCCCAGUGCCCGACUCCCCUGAUGAUGAUGACCAGCGACGGUCCCCUGAUGAUUACCAGCCACGUUCUCCUCCACAGCGACGGUCUCCUCCACCCAGUGCUUCAGGGCCCGACGCUUCAGGGCCAAGCGUUUCACGUUCCUGCGACGAC